AUGAUCUCGUGUGCUGAGCAGUGAAGCCGGCAGGGAGAGGCCGGCAGAGGCCCGUCGGCUCCCAGCGGCUCUGCUUCCCUCCCGCUCUGGCUCCCCUGGGGCUGCUCUGGAAUUCUCUCGGUGGUGCCCGUUGUUGCCAUGCACUUGGCUGGGUCUCAUGGGGCUGAGUCCCCAGUGAGCAGGCAGGAGGAGAAGGAUGCUGAGCUGGACCGGAGGAUCAUAGCCCUGCGAAAGAAGAACCAGGCCUUACUUCGCAGGUAUCAGGAGAUCCAGGAAGAUCGGCGGCAGGCGGAGCAGGGGUGCAUGGCUGUGAGCAUGCCGCAGCCCCUCCAACCUGACAGCCUCACCGUUACCAUCAGCCAGGUUCCUGGCGAGAAGCGAGUGGUCAGCAGGAACUGGUCCAGGAGCAGCCUCGGGCCCAGUGCAGCCAGUGAGAUGCUUGAGGAUGAGGACGGGGACCACACUGCUGCUUUCUGCUUGGGGGAGCGGGUGGAGCUGGCUGUGACCAUGGAAAACAAAGCUGAGGCCAAGAGGAUUGUAAGUGAAAAGCCCACCAGAGCAAGAAACCAAGGGGCCGAUGGGUCACCUGGAGGGGGCUCUGGACGGAGCCCCCACACGUACAUCACUGCCAGCUCGGAUUCUCUCCGGAGUCCAGGCUGGGUCCCAGGACCAGCUCCCCGGUGGCCAGCAGGGGGGGUCCCAGAGAUGGGCUGGGACUAUGACCAGUGGAAGCAGGAGCGGGAGCAGAUCGACCUGGCCCGCCUCGCCCGGCACAGAGAUGCACAGGGUGACUGGCGCCGUCCAUGGGACCUGGACAAGGCCAAGCCCACGCCAAAGGACUCUAACCACCCCAGGGAAGAAGGCUUGGCCAGGGGGGGCAAAAGGGGUCCCAGGAGCCACCGGAAGCUGCAGCCCCCACCAUUGGUCCCUGAUGGGAAAGGUGGUACCACUCGGGGUGGGCAACAUGGCAGACCCUCGGUGGCACCGGCCACAGGCAGCAGAGCCAGGGGAAAGGAGAGGCUGACCGGCAGGGCCCGCAGGUGGGAUAUGAAGGAAGACAAGGAGGAGCUGGAGAGUCAGGAGGGAAGCCAAAGCACCAGAAAGACUCCAAGUGAUGAGGAACAUGGACAGAAGCAGAGCGAGGCGGAGCUGGGCAAACUCGGGAGUGCUCUGGCCACCAGCCCGGCCCAGGCAUCCCCAGAAGGGCUGAAGGGGGAGUCAGGGGCUUCAGCAGCUGGUUCUGCCCCUAGCUCUCCACAACAGACUGACCUGACUCCUCUUGACCUCUCUCUAGGAGGGGCCAGAAGCCCUGGGCCCGGGGAGAGCACGUGUGUGCUCAGUCCCGUGCCUGAGGCCCAGGAAAGCCCUGUGUCCCAGCCAGAUGGUUCAGAGCAGUCUCUGAAAUGGACCGACCACCAGGCCAAGCCAGAAGUCCAGACUUGCUCUGAGCCACAGAGAGAAGCAGGAUCCCCACAGCCCAGAGAAGAUAGGUCUGGCAAGGUUGGGGCCCAGCAGGGCCUGGCACCGAGAAGCAGGCCGCCCAGAGGAACCAGCCAAAGGGCACGAGGCACAGGAGGUGUAAGGAGCAAGACAGGGAGGCCUGGCCCUUCAGGAAGAUGCUGA